AGCCAAAGCAUUAUAAAUAGACUUGUUAAGAACAAAAUAUCAAACAAUCGCUAGUUAAAUUAUAUAACAAAGAUAAUAAACGAUAUGUCUCAAACAAAUAAAGAUAACAAUAUAGUUACUCUUAAAAGUGCUUCAAAUUCAUUUGAAGAAACUCCAAAGGAUGCAAAGCCUCCAAAAUCUAAAUUCAGGUGGAGAGUUGUUGAUGAUCAUUCACCUAAGGAGAUCUAUAACUUGACUCUUUAUUUCUCUGUAGUUAUCUUUGGUGUUUUUGGUGGUUUAUCUAGAGGUCUUGAUGAAGGUCAAUCCAUUAAUUUAUAUCAACCAUCGUUUAGAAACUUAUUUGGAUUAAACGAUCCAAAUAAAACUCCACAUGAAGUUGCUGAUUUGAAGUCAAAUAUUGCUGCCAUGGUGCAACUUGGGUCUAUUGCCGGUUCUAUGAUUGCCAUGUAUACAGUGGAUAAACUUGGUAGAAUUCGUGCUUUACAAGAAUUCAGUAUUAUUUGGGCUAUUGGAGCUAUUAUCCAAAUGACUUCCAAGAAUCUUGGUCAGCUAUAUGUCGGUAGAUUUAUUGAAGGUUUAGCUAUUGGUCAAUCUACUACAAUUGGACCUGCUUAUAUGGUUGAAGUUGCACCUCCACUUAGAAGGGGUCUCUUCGGUUGUAUUUUCAGUGGUGCUGUUUACUUAGGAAUUCUUUUAUCGUAUGCUGCCAACUACGGUACUGCCAAACAUAUUUCGGGAGAAACCAAUAAGCAAUGGAUUAUUCCAAUUUCCUUGAAAGUAAUAUGUGCUGGCUUGGCUUUUUGUGGAUCUUGGUUCUGUGUUGAAAGUCCUAGAUGGUUAGUUAAACAUGGACAUGAUCAAAAAGCUAUUGAAAAGUUGUCUCAGCUCAGACACUUACCUCCAGACCAUCCAUAUAUUUUAAGUGAAAUAUCAGAUAUUAGUGAACAAGUAGCAGCGGAAGAUGCUGCUACUAGAGGAGUAUCGAUAUUUGCAAAAUUUAAAGAAGUCUUCAGUAUUAAAUCCAUUAGAUAUCGUUUUUUCAUGAUUGGUGCUUGUGCCCAACUUCUUGGUCAAUGGUCAGGUGCUAACUCCAUUACUAUUUAUGCUGGUGAUUUAUUCUCUUUUAUUGGACUUGAAGGACUUGAAGUUAUGAAAAUGACCAUGAUUUUAGGAGUGGUUAAGUUUGUUUCGGCUUAUUUCAGUGCUUUCUUUAUUAUUGACUUCUUGGGGAGAAGAAAAGCCCUUUAUAUUGGUAUUUCACUUCAAUUUAUUACUAUUUUAUAUUUUGCUAUAUUCUUAACAGUUGAUCCUCAUGCUGUUGAUAAAGGAGCUCAAUUGACUUCCUCUCAAGAAAAUGCUGGUAAAGCAGCUAUGGCAGCAAUCUAUUUAUCUGGGGUUGGUUGGACUAUGGGAUUUAAUUCAAUUCAAUAUUUAUUAGGUUCUGAGAUUUUCCCUCUUAGACAUCGUUCUUUUUGUCAAUCUCUUAUUAUGGUUUUACAUUUUGCUAAUCAAUAUGGUAACUCUAAAGCAGUUCCACUGAUGCUUUUAGGUAUGAACAGAUAUGGUACUUUCUACUUUUUCUCUGGAAUUUGUUUGAUUUCAUUAUUUUGGGCUUGGUUCUUUGUUCCAGAAGUCUCAGGAAGAUCUUUGGAGUCAAUGGAAGAAGUUUUUAAUUUGCCAUGGUACUUGAUUGGAAGAAAAGGUGCUCAAUUGUGCCCUGAUCAUUCUGCUCUUAACAGAAUCACACAAUCUAUUCAAACUAGAGGACUUGAUGAUCUCGAAAAGCAAAAUGAACAACACGUUGAACAUAUAAACAGAGAUGAUGAAUCUUCAGGUGAUGAGAAAAACACAUAAUGGGUAAUUGAUAUAUUUAGGUGCAC